AGCACCAUGUCGGGCCGGCAGCAGACGGGAGCAACCAACGUGGUUUACCAAGCCCAUCAUGUCAGCAGGAGUAAGAGAGGACAAGUGGUCGGUACCCGGGGCGGAUUUCGAGGCUGCACGGUUUGGCUAACAGGCCUCUCUGGAGCUGGCAAGACAACCAUUGGCUUUGCCCUGGAAGAGUACCUGGUCACCCACGGCAUCCCCUGCUAUUCCCUGGAUGGUGACAACGUUCGGCAUGGCUUGAAUAAAAACCUGGGCUUCUCCCCCGGGGACCGCGAGGAGAACAUUCGGCGCAUCGCCGAGGUGGCCCGGCUCUUCGCUGACGCGGGGCUCGUCUGCAUCACCAGUUUCAUCUCUCCUUUCGCCAAGGAUCGUCAAAAUGCGCGGAAAAUUCACGAGGCAGCUGGACUUCCUUUCUUUGAAAUCUUUGUAGAUGCUCCUCUCAAUAUUUGUGAAAGCAGAGACGUGAAGGGCCUGUACAAGAAGGCAAGAGCUGGUGAGAUCAAAGGAUUCACGGGGAUUGACUCAGAGUAUGAGAAGCCUGAAUCUCCUGAGCUAGUGUUGAAAACCAAUGUUGCAUCGGUGUCUGAAUGUAUUCAGCAGGUUGUAGAGCUCCUCCAAACACAAAACAUCGUCCCCCACAGCUCCAUUAAAGAUGUCCUUGAGCUGUUUGUACCUGAAAACAAACUCAGUAGUGUCCGAGCUGAAGCAGAGAUGCUGCCAUAUGUAGAGAUCACUAAGCUGGAUCUGCAGUGGGUGCAGGUGCUGAGCGAAGGCUGGGCCACCCCACUGACCGGCUUCAUGCGUGAGAAGGAGUACCUGCAAGUCAUCCACUUUGGGACCCUGCUGAACGAUGGCGUGGUCAACCUGAGCGUCCCCAUCGUGCUGCCCAUCAGCAGGGAGGACAAGGAGCGGCUGCAGGGCUGCGCGGCGCUGGCGCUGGGCAUCGGGGGGCGGCGCGUGGCCGUGCUGAGGGACCCCGAGUACUUCGAGCACAGGAAGGAGGAGCGAUGUGCCCGUGUCUGGGGCACCACCUGCGCCCAGCACCCCCACGUCAAGAUGGUGAUGGAGAGCGGAGACUGGCUGGUUGGUGGAGACCUCCAGGUGCUGGAGAAGAUCAAAUGGAAUGAUGGUCUGGACCAGUACCGCCUGACACCGCUCACUCUCAAGCAGAAGUUCAGAGAGAUGAACGCUGAUGCCGUCUUUGCGUUUCAGCUGCGCAACCCCGUCCACAACGGGCACGCGCUGCUGAUGCAGGACACGCGGCGCCAGCUCUUGGAGAGGGGCUACAAGAACCCCGUGCUCCUCCUGCACCCCCUGGGGGGAUGGACCAAAGAUGAUGACGUCCCCCUGGAGUGGAGGAUGAAGCAGCACGCAGCAGUGCUGGAGGAGCAGGUCCUGGACCCCAAGUCGACCAUCGUGGCCAUCUUCCCCUCUCCCAUGCUCUAUGCCGGCCCCACAGAGGUUCAGUGGCACUGUCGGGCUCGCAUGAUCGCCGGCGCCAACUUCUACAUCGUGGGGCGCGACCCGGCGGGGAUGCCUCACCCCGAGACCAAGAAGGACCUGUAUGAGCCCACCCAGGGAGGGAAGGUGCUCAGCAUGGCGCCCGGGCUGACCUCGGUGGAAAUCAUCCCCUUCCGGGUGGCUGCCUACAACAAGGUGAAGAAGGCCAUGGAUUUCUAUGACCCGAAAAGGCACGACGACUUCGACUUCAUCUCGGGGACACGCAUGAGGAAGCUUGCCCGGGAGGGUGAAGACCCACCAGAUGGCUUCAUGGCCCCCAAAGCUUGGAAAGUCCUCACUGAGUACUACCAGUCGCUGGAGAAAAAGAAUUAACAGCCCUCCUCCUCCUAGAAAUACUUGUGUUAAGAGUGAGCAAUGAUUGCUUGGUUCCCUAUGACACAGAUCAGUUUCUUGGCAUUUCCAGUGCUCUGACUGGAGGGUUUUCCUGCCUGGGUCAGAGUGGUUUGUACUAAUCAGAAAUACUUUGAGCCUGGUCCUUCUCCCCCUGGAGCUGCUGGAACGUCCCCAUGGAGCUGGAAGGGGAGGGCAGCAGGUCUUUCAUUCCUUCAUUCCCAGCCCAGCCUCUGGAUGAACCAGGAGGAUCAUUUUCGUGCCGCCAUGGCCACGCUGGGACCUCAGCACCAGGAUCAAAACUUGCCUGUCCCCUGAUGGAGCAGAAAUGAAGACGUGUCCUUCCUCUGCCCCUCGCCCAGCUGCUGAGGUGAGGAGCUGCUGCCAGGCUGGGAGAGGGGCACGGGCACUCGGUGCUGGGAUCCACUCCCUGCCCUCCAGCUUCUGCCUCAGACAUUUGUUUCCUAGCAAACAGCAGGAUUAUUUUAACACCCUUUUUUAAAAAAAGGAUUUUUUAAGUCAGCCUUGACCAUUGCCAGUUCCUGUGCCUGAGACAAUUGCUCACUGUUCUUCCUGCUUCCUCCUGCUUGACCUCUCCAGACAAAACAAAACCUGGGCUGAGCAUUCCUGGUGCUCUGAGGUCAGCUGUCCUGGGAGGCACUGAAAAGCCCAGGAGACCUCCAAGAAAGCUCAGGGCAGCAAGAAAAAACUGGAGAUGAUGUUUCUGUGCCUUUGUGGGUGUCCUCCCAGGACAGGAUCCCCUUCCUCUGCCUGUGCUCCUCCCUUCCAGAAGGCAAGUCAAAGGCAAACCCGGCGACGAUGUGUCAGUGUGAGGUGGGUCUGAGCAGCUGCUGCAUGUGGGAAACCAGGAGAGAGGUGGCUCAAGCACUUGCCCUGAUCUGUCCCCACAGCCCCACCUGAGCACCGGGGAUCUGAUCUUGGCUGAUCAGGGAUGCUGAGGCUGGCUCUGGCUGGGGGGAUGGCCAGAGGGUGGCAGAGAAGUCCUUGGGUCCCUCCCUGCUGCUGAGCCAGGGGUGAUGGGGCCAAGCAAGAGCCAGUGUCUGGUGCUGCUCCCAGCUCUGGCUGGUGGAACGUUCCUGCAGACCUGACCUGGUUUUAUUUCUGUCCCCACCAUGGACUUUGCUGUUGUUCCUGAGGCUUUUCUGCUGACAGGCACCUCUGGCCUGUGACCCAGCCCCAGAGCUCUACCUGCCCAGGUGUCUCCCCUCAAGCAUGUCCGGCUGGGACCAUGGCUGAGGAUCGAGCAUCCUGCAGUGCUGGUGGCUUCCUGGUGUCCUGCAGAGGCUUUUCCAGGGAAAGGGCUGAGCCUGCAGCCCCAUGAGGAGCUCACCUCCUCCCCAGUGUGAGGGCUUUUUGGGAGGGAAGCCAGCUGUGCACUUUCUGCUUAUUGCAGCAACCUGAAUUAUUUUUGUAGUCGUCCUUUUCAGUAGAUGGCCCAGGAUGGGUGGGAAUGUGUUUCCAGUGCAAUGGAAGUCACCUUCUCCUCUUCUUGUGCUUCAGUUUUAAUUACAGCGGGAUCUGCCCUCCCUACAAUCUCUGCCAUAGGACAGUGACCUCCAGCCCGAGCUGCCACCUGUUUAGCUGUGGCCAUGGUACAAGCUCCCAGACUACAGAUACAAUUGGGAAUAUCUUUGCAAAAAAUAUAUAUAUAUUAUUUUAAUUUGUCAGCUGUUUUGGGGUGGGGCUUUUUGGUAAUUUUUUUCCAAACAAAGAGCCCGAAGCUGCAUUUAUACCUCAAGUAAAAUGCUGCACCAGCCAUGUCAGGAGCUGGAAGCACAGCAGCCCCAGUGCCUUUCCCCUCAGGCCCUCUGGCAGGGACCUGGAAGACAAAAGCAAUAACUCCCACUUCUGAUUUUGCAAUCUUAGUAAUUUUUAAAUAGCUAAAUAGUUGCUGUUGCCACUUGUCUUAAAUUAAUCCAACGGUUAAAAACAGACAAACACCCCUUCUGCAUUAAUCCAAAUGGUUACAACAAAACAGAAAUCUUUUGUCCUUCUAAAAUAGUGUACUGAUUACCUCUGAUUAAAAUAGAGUAUGUGGACUAGGGGUUUUUUAUAGCAUAUUUAUUAAAGACAUGAGACUGGAAUUUGUACCUCAACGGAUGCAUCUCAUGAUUUAAUAUAUUCUAAACUUGAUACUCUGCUGAAAAACACUCACUUUUAGUAAAAAUAAAUAUUUAUAUGUGUAA